UGUGUGAACCCACAUUCACCUUACCUCUUCUCUUCUGUUCUCUCCCUCCUUCACAAUAACAUAAUCAUGUCUUACACAAACUCUAAUCCCAACCAAUUACCCACCCUCAACACUUUUAAACUAGACCCCCUUACCCCCUUCAACCGCCUCCACCUCCUGCUCUACUCCUUCUCCCUCCUCCUCCUCUUCUACCACCACCUCACCUCCUCCUCCCCUCUCCUCCUCAUCCUCUCCGACCUCAUCCUCGCCUUUCAAUGGGCCUUCACCCAGGCCUUCCGCUGGCGUCCCAUCCGUCGCCGAGAAUUCCCCGAUCGAAUUCCCGACGACAACCUUCCCUCCCUCGACGUAUUCAUAUGCACGGCCGACCCUUGGAAGGAGCCGCCGAUGACCGUCGUUAGCACUGCGCUAUCGGUUAUGGCGUAUGAGUAUCCUCCGGAUAAGAUAUCCGUGUACGUUUCGGACGAUGGGGGCUCGGACUUGACGCUGUUUGCUUUCAUGGAGGCUGCUAAGUUUGCCAGGUACUGGCUGCCCUUUUGCACGGAGAACGGGAUUGUUGAAAGAGCUCCGGAGGCUUAUUUUGGAUCCAGUUCUGUGAGUGGUUCUGGCUCUGACGAGGAGAUAAAGAUGAUGUACGAAAAAAUGAAAGAAAAGGUUGAGGAUGUGAUGGAGAAGGGUUAUGUUUGUGGUGGCCAUUUAGAUAUCAAUGCUGAAGAGUAUGACGUUUUGAAGAAAUGGAAGAGCUACACUCAUCGCGAUCACCCUGCAGUGGUCCAGGUGCUAUUAGAAAGUAGCAAGGACUCUGAUAUUAUGGGUAAUGCUAUGCCGAGCCUUAUAUAUGUCUCCAGAGAGAAGCGGCCAACAUCUGCUCAUCACUUUAAGGCUGGUGCCCUAAAUGCUUUGACUAGAGUAUCCAGUAUACUGUCCAACGCGCCGGUCAUCCUAACCCUGGACUGUGACAUGAGCUCGUACGACCCGCAAACUCCCCGAAGAGCCCUCUGCUACAUUUUGGACCCUGCAAUCGCGCCCAAGCUCGCGUACGUGCAGUUUCCGCAGCGCUUCCAAGGGCUCAAUAAGACUGACAUCUACGGCAGUGAGAUCAAGCGCUUGUACCGAAUCAACCUACGAGGCCUUGAUGGGCUCCUAGGCCCAAAUUACAUUGGAAGCGGAUGCUUCUUCGUUCGACGCGCUCUCUAUGGUCCACAAUCACCUGGACCCGGCCCAUUUCCUUCCGAUCUGAAGGAGUUUUCGAUGACCGAUGCUAAUCGGGGUUCAAUGCGUUCUGAGUCCGUUCUCAAAAGGGCUCAUGAAGUUACUGGUUGUAACUAUGAACUUGACACAAAAUGGGGAAGUGAGAUUGGAUUUAGAUAUGGGUCGUUAUCAGAGGACCUUAACACGGGCUUUCGGAUGCAAUGUGAAGGCUGGGUAUCGAUAUUCUGCGAUCCAGAGAGGCCUGCAUUUUUGGGCGAUGCUCCAAAGAACCUGAACGAUGCGCUGAGCCAGAACAAGAGAUGGGUUGUGGGGCAACUGGAGUUCAUCUUCUCCAAAUAUUCUCCGCUUACUUUUGGUAUAAGAAAGGCUUCUCUACUAAUGGGCAUGGCCUACGCAUGGUUCUUUUGGGGUUUUUUGUCUAUUCCCUUGACAAUGUAUACUCUCCUACCUCAGCUAGCUCUCAUCUACAAUGUGCAGCUCUUCCCCAAGCUGUCAGAUCCAUGGUUUUACUUGUACGCUUACCUAUUCUUAACUGCAUAUUCCCAAGAUCUCAUCGAGUUUCUCGUGCACAACGGCACAAUCCAAACAUGGUGGAGUGACCAAAGAAUGUGGAUGAUCAGGGGAUUGACAUCCUUCGCUUCUGGAACCAUUCAAUUCAUUAUGAACCAAACGGGGAUAUCUGCACCUGGCUUUACUCUCACAAACAAAGCGACGGAAGAAGGACAAAGCGAGCGAUACGAUAACGGGGUCUUUGAGUUUGGCGUAUCCUCACCCUUCUUUGUAUCACUCGGGACUGCGGCUAUAUUGAACUUGAGCUCCUUUAUGUUUGGGCUGUUAAUGGCAACGAGAAGAGACGGGUUUUUCUGUGAAAUGUUUGUGCCCUUGUUUCUGUCGGCGUUUGGAGUGGCGAACUGCUGGCCGAUCCUUGAGGCCAUGUUUUUGAGAGAAGACGGAGGAAAGAUGCCGAGAAAUGUUACCAACGCGUCCAUUUUGGUUGCAGGGGUCAUUUGCAUGUUCGGAUAUUUUGUGCUCGUAGACUGAGGUUCAAUACAACUUUCUUCUUUGUGGGGGCAGCAACAUGUUACAUUCAAAAGUGAUGAAUUCAUGAAUUGAUGGGAUCCGCGUAUUAUUUAAGCACAAUUUUCAGUGAGAUUUCAGUCCCAAGAAUAAAUGACGUUAUACU